GAUCUCGGGCUCAUUCAGUUGCCCAAAGUGGUGACUCGAACGCCAAUGGCUGCCUGCUGCUACCGUGCGUGGUCAUCACAGGUCAAGCAACAGGUUAACCGCUUGUGGCGACGGAGCUUUACAGGGUCAAGCCAUAUUGAAACGCCGUUGAUCUUCUCCGACACCUUCUCCAAACACCUGGGUGCCGACGUGUUCUUGAAAUUGGACCUGCUGCAGCCUUCCGGCUCCUUCAAACUUCGUGGCAUUGGUCUCACAGUUAAGGAGGCAGCUGCUGCAGGUGCCAAAUGUAUCGUUUCUUCCAGCGGUGGCAAUGCUGGGCUGGCGGCUGCCUUCGCUGCUCGCGACUUUAAGCUGCCUUGCACAGUGGUAUUACCCACUACCACGCCUGAGAGCGUGCAGCAGCACCUGGCCUUUUACGGCGCAGAUGUCAUGGUCUAUGGCAGCGUUUGGGAUGAGGCGGAUCGGAAGGCGCGCGAAGUGGUGGAAGAGCGGCAGGGCGCCUACGUCCAUCCCUUCGACCAGGAGUCCACCUGGCGGGGCCACGCCACGAUGGUGGAGGAGCUGCAGCGUCAGUUGCCCAGUCCGCCAGAUGCCAUCGUGACCUGUGUAGGUGGUGGAGGCCUGUUGAUGGGCAUCUUGAAGGGUGUGGAGGCUGCUGGAUGGCCCAGCAGAGUGAUCGCCUGCGAAACCGUGGGCGCCAACUGCUUGGCGAAAUCCUUGGAGGCUCAGGAAGUGGUGACGUUGCCACAGAUCUCCUCGAUUGCCAAAUCCCUGGGAGCUUUGCGACCCAGUGAGGCUGUUUUCGAGCGUUGCAUCCGCAUGGACCGCGCGCUCUUCCGCUCCGCCGUCUUUUCGGAUUCCCAGGCCGUGGCAGCCUGCUUGAGGCUGGCAGACGAUCACCGCUUGUUGGUGGAGCCUGCAUGUGGUGCAGCCAUCGCUGCGGUGACGGAGACGUCCGAGGCGUUACAGGGCAUGCGCUCGGUGGUGGUGCAACUCUGUGGCGGGGCUGUGAUCAACCGCUCACAGCUGGCGCAGUGGGCGGUCGACUUUGGCUUGGAAUGAGGGG